GUGAAGUGAAGCAGAAACACGUGUUUUGCUGCUUCGUGAAUGUGGUGAUAAAAAUAAUAAAACCAAACUUUAAUAAGUAUGGGCCGUAAAGCAAAAUUUGAUGAGGGAAAAAAAGUCAAAAAGGGACCAGGUCGAAAAGCAAGAAAACAGGCAGAUCCUACUUUCAAGAAAGGGUUGAUCGAGGAAGACGAUGAUGUGAAGAAGUUGAGUCACAGACAGAAACAGAGAGCAGCUCGCAGAGCAAAGAAAAAAACUGAAUUGGCAGAAAAAAGAAAAUUGUUGAAGCAAGCAAAGAAAAAUGUCUCUAAACAGCAGGAGGAAAAAAAUUCAAAGGAAUCUGAUGAUAGUUCUGGGGAUGAAGUACAAGGUUUCACAGAUGAUAAUAAAGAAUGGUUAAAGCCAAAACAAAAAGGAAAAUAUGUCAAAAAGCAAGCAGAGUCAGAAAGUGAUAGUGGUCAUGAAGGUUCAGAUGUAAAAGAAGACAGCGAAGAAGAAGAAACAGGUGAACCAGUAAAAGAAAAAUAUAAGGUUGGUACACUUGAUGAUCUCUUUGAGGAUUCAAAUGAAGAAAAUGGUGAUAUAAGCUCAGCUGAUGAAGAAGCAGGUAGUUCUAAUAAAUUAAUCUACAAUUCAGACUCUGAAGAAGAGGACAGUGAUGAUGAUGGGGAUGAUGAUAUGUUGCCAAUUGAAAAGGCUAAUUUAAAAUUAAAGAAAAAGCAAAAGGAAGACAAAAAACUUGCUGAUGAAGAAAUGCAAUUGAAUAUAGCUAAACAAGAUAUAUUUGCUUUUCCUUCUGAAGAAGAGUUAAAAAAUCCAACUAGUUUGCAAGAUGUAUUACAAAGAAUCAAAGAUGUUGUAGCUGUUUUGAGUGAAUUUAGUAAACUUAAAGAAGAAGGACGGUCUAGGUGUGAAUACACUGAAUUACUCCUAAAAGAUUUAUGCAUGUAUUACAGUUAUAAUGAGUUUUUAAUGGAAGUUCUUAUGCAGAUCUUUCCAGUACAAGAACUAGUCGAAUUUUUGGAGGCUAGUGAAGUAGCCCGACCUGUCACUAUUAGGACUAACAGUCUAAAAACUAGACGAAGAGAUUUGGCGCAGGCUCUUAUAAACAGAGGUGUGAAUUUAGACCCAGUAGGAAAAUGGAGUAAAGUAGGCUUGGUAGUUUACAGUUCCACUGUGCCAGUUGGAGCAACUCCUGAAUAUUUAGCUGGCCAUUAUAUCUUGCAAGGAGCAUCCAGUUUUUUGCCUGUUAUGGCAUUAGCUCCUCAGGAAAAUGAAAGAAUCCUAGAUAUGUGUGCAGCACCUGGUGGCAAAGCAUCACAUAUUGCAGCGAUUAUGAAAAAUACUGGGGCCCUCUUUGCUAAUGAUGCUAAUAAAGAGAGAACUAAAGCUAUUGUCGGUAAUUUCCAUAGAUUGGGCGUCGUGAAUGCUGUGAUAUGUAAUUAUGAUGGUAGACAGUUUCCUGAUGUGAUUAAAGGUUUUGAUAGGGUUUUAUUAGAUGCACCUUGUACUGGUACAGGUGUGAUUGCUAAAGACCCAAGUGUGAAAACCACAAAAGAUCAAAAAGACAUCCAAAGGUGCUUCAACUUGCAAAGGCAACUGCUUUUAGCUGCUAUAGAUUGUUGUAAUGCAAAAUCCAGCACUGGAGGUUACAUUGUGUACUCCACAUGUUCAAUAUUGCCUGAAGAAAAUGAAUGGGUGGUGAAUUAUGCAUUGAAGAGAAGGAAUGUUAAAUUAGUUCCUACUGCUCUUGAUUUUGGAACAGAAGGUUUUGUCAAAUAUAGACAUCACAGGUUCCACCCAUCAUUGAAAUUGACAAGGAGGUUUUACCCACAUACUCACAAUAUGGAUGGCUUCUUCGUAGCUAAACUCAAGAAAUUCUCAAAUGUCAUUCCGGAACCCGAAAAAGAUGAAGAAGAAGAAUCGGAGAACAAAGAAGACGAACAGCAGCAAGACAAAAAAGAUGAAACAGUUAAAGAAAAUGAAGAUAAAACACCCAAAGAAAGCAAGAAGGUAAUCAAGAAACCAAACAAACCUGGCCUUUUAAAAAGACCGGUAGGUUCACAGCAAGACAAACAGGAUGUAACAAUGAAGGAAAAUGCAGAUGAAACGCAAAGCAAGAUAGUGACCAAAAAACAAAAACAGAACAAACGUAGCCCAUUAAAAAGACAGGCAGGCUCAUCUGAAUCGCAACCACCGAAAAAGAAAAAUAAACGUGGAAAGAAGAAGAAAAGUUAAAAAAGAAUCUAUUUGAAUGUACUAAAGAGAUUUCUUACUCGACAGUGAUGUUUUAACAUCUCUUAUUUUGAUGGCAACAGUGCUGCGUCUUUGAAUUGUCAAUACUUAUUGAAGAUGAAGAUAUUUCACUUACAUCACUGUCAAGUGGGAAUUGUUUUUACAUUUCUAACAACUAACACCUUGUAAUUAACGAAAUGAAAUAUUGAAAAAAAGGAAAAACAAUCGAG